AUGAUGGGGAUGCCGCAAUUGUUUGAAGACCGGCCGUGGCCGAGUGGCGGGCAGCAGGGCUCCUCGUCGCCAGCGCAGUCGCCAGCCACGGCGCCAGUGAAGCGCGGGCGUGGACGGCCUCGGAAACACCCACUGCCUGCAGCGGAUGCAGCGAAGACGCGUGUGAAGGCGAAGCAGGCAACGCACCGCCGGGUGGGUGUAUACGGGGAGUAUGACUCGCCGAGUCCGGAUGACGGGGGCGACCAGUGGGACCCGGCUAGCUCCUGGCCAGGUGAGUACGCCGACUAUGGGGGCGCCGGAGGCUGGACGGGCGAAUACUAUGGCAAUGCGCCCUAUGGCAGUCCCUCCUAUAAUGGCUACCCCGUUCCCGACUACAACUACGGUUCUCCGGCACCGAGCGCCGCCCCGCCUCCGGGAACCGAAGACGCCGCCGGCGAUUGGGGCUCGCCCUACCGCAGCCCCCUGAUGUCCGGCAACACUGGCAGCCCCGGGGCCACCGGGCCCGGCAUGCCCGGAUCAGGGAUGCCCGGGCCCGGGAUGCCGGGCCCCGGGAUGGCCGGGCCCGGACAGGAGUACGAGAUGUACGGAGGAGGUGGCGGUGCAGUUGGAUCCGGCGUAGUAGACUACAUGGGGGGUUACGAUGCCUACAAGUACCCCUCAGCGGAUAAUACCCAGGUCGUGCCGCGGAUGCAGCCUACCAGGGACCAGGGCGCGAACCGCAUGAUUCAGUGGCACACUAACCCGACCAUCCGCUCGGCAGACGCUAGAAGCUUCUACAAGCUCACAGGCUACGUGGGGGCGCCACAGGAAGAACCCGCUACCGAGGCUAAUACUCCCCGACCGGUCAUGUCCGAGCCCUCUACGCCAUCCACCGUCGACCAACAGGCCUCUAUAAACGCUACAGCGCAAGCGCAGCUCCAGACGCGACUUUCCCAACAGGGGUGA